AUGUCCAGCUCAAGCCGCGAUAGCACCCCCGAAAACCAUGAAACUGAUGCCCUCAACUCCUCCUCGGUCUCAACCUCCAAACCCACCACCAACAAACUCCAAACCCUCCUCUCCCUCCCCCUCCAUCGAGACCGCUACUACGGCGCCCUCACCUUCAACACAGCAUCCUUCAUCCUCCCCGCCCUCUACUCCACCCUCUCCAAGCUCUGGGUCUCCAAGAUCGACUCCUCCAUGGUCGUCACCACCGACUCCUUCACCUACAUAAACACCUUCUCCGAAGCCCUCAACGAAGGCCUCCCCCGCGCCGCAUGGCUCAUCAUCGGCGACAAGGCCUCCCGCUCCCUCCCCCAGCGCCUCCAGCUCACCCACACCCUCAUCGCCUUCCAGUCCCUCGUCGGCUUCCUCCUCAGCGUCGUCUUCCUCGCCGCGGCGCCGAGCUUCGCGGAAAGCUUCGUCCCGCAGGAGGUGCGGCAGGCGAGCUUGACGUACGUCCGCAUCACGUCGUUUACCGUGCUGAGCGGCGCCGUGGAAACGGCCGUGGCGUCGGCGACGAGGGCGCUGGAUAAGCCCGACGUUCCGCUCGUCAUCAGCUCCGUCAAGUUCGCCGUCAACAUCAUACUCGAUCUGCUCAUCAUCUCCAACUUCCACGUCGGCUCCUUCACACCAACAGUCAACAUGCAGGGCAUCAUCCAGCUGGUCUGCAACUUAACCGCCGCACUCAUGGGAUUAGCCUACUUCCUCUACUCCGCAAGCUUCUCAACCUGGCGGAAGCAGCAUCAACACCUCCCUCUCGAUGGCCACAACACCACCACAACGAGCCACUCCCUCUCCCCAAGCGUCCGGGCACUCCGCGUCCUGCUCCCCCCAGGGCUCAUCUUCUUCGCCGAAUCAGCCAUCAGAAACGCCCUCUACCUCUGGCUCGUCACCACCGUCGUCGCCCUGGGCUCCGUCUACGCCACCGCCUGGGGCGUCUUCAACACCAUCCGCUGGGGCCUCGUCAUGGUCCCCGUCCAAGCCCUCGAAGCGACGUCCCUCCAGUUCAUCGGCCACAAAUGGGGCCAGUGGCGACAGCUCAUCGGCCCAAACAACCGCAGGCCAAAAGCAAGCUGGACGGAACUCUACAGUCUCGUCAGCCCCGCCAUACGAUCCCUCCUAAUCGCUCUUCUCGUCGAGGUUCCCAUCGCCAUCUUCCUCUCCGUCUUUGGCGCCCGGCCGUUUGCGCUGUACAUCAGCGGUUCGAGCGAGGUGGCUGAUGUCACGGCGCACAUGUGGCGGACCAUUGACUGGUGCUACAUCUUCUACGCAAUGUCGACGCAGCUUGCCACCAUAUUGCAGGCUACCAGGCCCAAGUGGUAUUUGUACCAGAGUCUGGCGAGCAACUUGCUGUAUGUUCUGCCGUGGGCGAUUGUGUGUCAGGUUGCCCACUUGGACCAAGAAAAUGCAUGGACGUAUCAUAGCUUCAUCUUUGGGGGCAGCCUGGUGUUUAGUUUUGUCGAUGUCCUGAUAGUCGUUGGCGUGUGGAUGUGGACGUUGCGGACAGGCAAAGCAAGGCUGGAGGUGAUUCAGAGUUCGUGA